AUGAGUUUAGAGGCGGACACGAGGGUCUGGGACAAGACCGCCCGUUCGUACGCAAAAUCCAAAGUCUCGGAUCAAGCAGGAUACCAGCGAACCCUAGACCGUACGCGCAGUCUCCUUAAGCCCACCGACCGCGCCCUGGAGUUGGGCUGCGGGACAGGCUCCACGGCGCUCUUGCUAGCUCGACAUGUGCAGUCGUAUCUAGCGACCGACAUCUCUCCUGAAAUGACCAAAAUCUGCGAGGAGAAAAAGCAACAUGAAGAUAGCAACGCGGUCGGGUUGCACGCGCUGAGUUUUCGGGCGGCAAGCGCCGAGUCGCUCGCUGCCGAGAACCCUUGUUUCGAUGUUAUCCUCGGCUUUAACUACCUUCACCUAGUACGCGACUUGCCUACCACUUUGCAAAGCGUGUACACAAUGCUCAAGGAUGGUGGUCUGUUUAUCACCAAGACUGGCUGUGUGGGCGAUAUGAACGUGCUCCUCCCCUGGGUGGUUCUGCCUAUUAUGCAAAUGGUUGGGAAGGCUCCGACCCGCAACGGCAAGACGCGCAGUGCUGCCUUGGCCGUCCUGGCCUGUGGCAGAUUAACGCCCGUCCUCCUUCCCCAGCUCAACGGUCUCCAGCAUCCUGUCUGCGAGAGGCUGACCAAUUUUCCCGUGCAGGCCCGACGCGUCAUCGACCGCCUCCUCGACGUGCACAUGCCGGAGCUGGCGAGCGAGGGCAUUGCUAUUGCCAUUGCCAAGACGCGCAUCUGCUGGUACAUAGAUAUGUUUGACAAUCACUUUGUCGUCGAUCGGGUACCACGUCCACAGGGCCUCAUGGUAGCCACGGGCGGCAGCGGCCACCCCUUCAAGUACCUGCCGAAUAUUGGAGACUGGGUCAUCGAUGUCAUGGAGGGCGUCGGGCUUUCGCGGCCGGCUGUGCGGGCGUGGCGGUCGAGGGGGUCGAAUGGCGAGAACCCGCCGGUCACCACGCUGAUGAUGGGCGCCCGGGGCGACAGGGUUCUGUCAAACUUUGCGCUCGUGCGGCGUGUCUCUAAGGAUGCCAAAUGUGCGACAUUGGCAGAGUCGAGAUUGCCAGAGCUCGUUGUACCAGCGGAGCCGGGGAUUCUGCUCCGCUUUUACGUUUGA